ACUGUGAUUGGUCCAAAGUUCAAUGUCGACCGGCACCAAGAGACAGGGACACACUCAGACAGACUGAACCAGUGGAGAGAGAAGAGACAGAGAAGUCCAGAGGAGAAGAGAAACACAUGAAAUCCUCUGGAAGGAGGCAGGACUGAAGGAAACCCGUACAGCCCAGAUACACACAGCUCUUGGUUCUGAGAGAGAUGGACAUCCUUGAAACAGCCGCCUAUGACCGAAGACAGCGCAGGAACACGUACUGUGUUCUGCUACUCUCUCUCUCGCCGUUCUUCCUGGCCAUCGCUGUCUACUUCUAUCUGUGGAUCCCUGACUCCUCCCCCUCCAUCCUCGCUGCGGCUAUUAAGGCCGCCCCUGUCAUCUCAUUGGCUCUCCUGGUGCUGAGCUACAAAGGGGGGAGGAGUCUCCUCGGCGUGGCGGGGGGCCUGAUCUUCUCGGCAGGCGGAGACUGUUGCCUUAUAUGGCCCGAGCUGUUUCUCCAUGGAAUGGCCUCCUUCGCCUUGGCCCACCUGCUCUACUCCCUCACCUUCCUCUCCACUCGUUACUCCUCCCCCAGCUCCUCCUCUUCACUGUCCUACUUCUUCUGCCUGCUCCUGUGGCUGCUGGGGGGAGGCCUCUACGCUUACCUCUUCCCUUUCCUGCAGAAGACGCCGGACGCGGCCGCCCUGACUCCUGGCGUCGGGGUGUACGUGGCUCUGAUCGUCCUGAUGGCUACGCUGGCGGUUCGCACCCGCCGACCGCUGAUCAUGCUGGGCAGUUUGAUCUUCAUGACCUCUGACCUGACGCUGGCGCUGCAGACCUUCAAAGUGACGGAGCCCCUGGAGCACGGCAGGCACAUCGUCAUGACGACGUACUACCUGGCGCAGCUGCUGAUCGCCGUGGGUGACAUCAAGGCCGCGGAGGGCGGGGAUGAGUUUGCCAAAUGGAAGAAAUCUUAGUUAAGGGGUCAUGUCAGAUAGGGGCCAGGUCCCAAUUUUCCACCCUGCUCCCGAAGUGUACAAACAACUGUCCCCUUUCUCACAUGGACUUUACAAUGGUGGAAUCUCCCUCCAGCCAAUGCCCACUUAUACUAAGCUCAUGCUUUUAAAUCAAUGACAGGGAGUGUUUAAGUGCACAAUUCUGGAAAAGGGUGGAGAAUCGGGACGCUGCUAUGGAAAGCGAACUCGGGACUACCGUUCUCUGACUAGUCGGCAGCUAUAGGAACUUCAGGCUGUUUGUUGAGACUAAACUGAGAAUGAGGCAGAAAGAAGUUGAAAAAGGAAGAUUCCCCCCCAAAGAAAAUCCUUUUAAUUAAACUAAACCUCAGAGUAUCAGGAGUCUGUCCAUUUGUUGAGAAAGCUCAGGGAUGGGAAACAAAAUUCAGACAGCUAGAUGCAAGGACUGACAUGAGAUUGACAUGACAGUACUUUCCAUAGUCCAGAAUAAAGUUAGAAAUAUCAUUCUCCUUCACUCUGUCUGUGAAAACAGUCCUACGGUCUUAAAGACAUGAUUUGAGAUGUGAUGCAGUUCCCUUGUGAUUAAUCAAACACAUUCUGUAUAACGGUCUGUUGAGAUGAAGAGACCAUUCUCAGAAAUGAAGUCCCUUAUGAAAAAAUUAAAUGUUUAUUUAUUCAUGCUGAAAUGGGGAUGAAAAAUAAACAAAGUUGUGUUACAUAUUUCAUGUUAUUUCAGAUGUAAGAACUCUGCAAAAGUCACCCAUUAUGUUUAUAGAGACAGACAAGACAGAAACAUCAACAAACGGUGGAUAUUCUGAAUGAAAGACAGUCAUUAAAGCCAAACACAAGAAGCCAACAGAAAUGCCUUAUGGGUAGUGAAACUCGAUCAAAAUGGAUUCUAAUAAAACAUCUGACUAAUGAAGCUGAAA